AUGGCACGUCCGUUUGAAAACCUGAAAGACAUCAAUGAAAGCAAGGAGCUUUGGAAAAUAGCAGUUCGUGUUCAUCACAAAUGGAGUGUGGUAUCAAGAAAUAAGGAACACUUUGAAAUGAUCCUGGUUGACAAGGAAGAUUUACAGGAUGUUAUUAUUGUUUGUAAGGUUUACAUGAUGAUGUUGACAUAUAUGUUAUCUGUGUUUUAUGUGCUGUUGUAUUUGAUAGGAAUGGUAUCAGAUAUUGGAUACACACAAAUUCACGCCGUUUCCAAAAAACAGCAAAUCAACUUGGUUUUGAAGGAUUUAGGAAACAACACUAUCAAUUGUACUCUUUGGGAGGGAUAUGCCUUGCAGUUUUAUGAAUACCAACAACAGAAAAAUGCAAGAUCUACACCAACUCUAAUUGCUUUGCAAUAUGCCAAGGUCAAAGAAGAAGGGAAGUACCCAUUAUGUGUUUCAAACACUUUCAAUGUCACAAAGUUGCACAUAAAUGAUGAUCUACCUCAGAUUAAGGAGUUUUUAAAUAAGUUUAGGGAUACUUGCAUAACAACAACUUCCUUGGUCGGUACAUCAAGCCAGAAUAUGACUAAACUUUCGCAUGCAUCUGAAGGUUCUGCAAGUUCUCAACUCAUACCAUAUGACAAAUUUAUGUACAAGACUGUUGUUCUUCUGCCUCUAACUGAAAUUGUCAAGCUGAAAAAUACCAAUCCUUGUGUCACGGUUUCUAAGAUUGAGAAGGUCAUACCUGCUCAUGGAGGCUGGUACGAAAUUCUUAUUGAUGUUGUCAGUGAAGGAUGUCAAGCAACCUUUGUUAUAUGGGACAGGGAGUGCACACAGUUGUUGAAACUUAUUGCAGCACAGAUGCGCAACAUCAUGAUUGAGGUUAGCUUAUAA